GAUAAGUUCAUAGACUUCACCACAGCUUUGUUGAAUCAGUUUGAAUUAGUAAUUAGAUAGAGUGAAUUAUUAUUAGUAUUACAAUUUAGAACCAAGAAAAUUAAAGAAGGGGAAGAAAAAUAUAUGAUGAUGAUGAUGAUGAUGAUGAUGAUGAUGAUGAUGAUGAUGAUGGCUAGCAAUAAGAAAUUGGUGGUGGGGAUGAAAAUGCACUAGUGAAGAAAUGUGAAAAAGAAAGCGCACAAAGGAGACAAGAGCCAAAAUAAUCAAGAAUGAACAGAAGCCAUCCAUCAUUUCCAUCAAUUAAGAAACCACUACUAUAUAUAUCAAUUCACACACACACACACACAUUGAGUGCUUUCGGGUGUUGUUUGUUUGUUUUUAAUUUGUUUCCUAUUUAUUAGUACGUACUACUUUCUUGGCUGUGAAUGGGGGUGGUGGUGUUGGGCUGUUCUUGUUUCAGCUAUAUAUAUAUAUAUAUAUUUUUAGUAGUUUGCUUGUUUAUUAGCAGCGUCGUCGUCUCAUGGGAAAUUGCUGUUGUGCUUGGGAAACUUCAAUAUACAAAGUUUCAUCCAAUAAUGCAAAAUUAGAAUCUCCAGCAAAUGAUCAAAUUAGUCCAUCACAGAAAGCAAUCAAUGCCCCCACCAAAUUGCCAUCAAACCCCGAAGAAGUGGAAGACCUGCGUCGUUCUUCAACAAACAAUCCGUUAAUUGUGUUCACAUUCGACGAGUUAAGGAACAUCACUGAAAAUUUCAGACAUGAUUACAUGUUAGGAGGAGGAGGUUUUGGAAAUGUCUACAAAGGCCACAUUUCUCAAGAUUUCGAACAGCGAAUCACUGUUGCUGUUAAGGUUCAUGAUGGUAAUAAUAGCCAUCAAGGUCACAGGGAAUGGCUCGCUGAGGUGAUCUUUUUGGGUCAGCUUUCUCAUCCAAAUCUAGUGAAAUUAAUCGGAUAUUGUUGUGAGGACGAACAUCGAGUUCUAAUAUAUGAGUACAUGUCAAAGGGUAGUGUUGAAAACAACCUAUUCUCGAGAGUGUUGCUUCCUCUUCCUUGGUCUACUAGAAUGAAGAUAGUGUACGGUGUUGCAAAAGGACUUGCUUUCCUGCACGAAGCACACAAACCUGUCAUCUAUCGUGAUUUUAAGACAUCCAACAUUUUACUGGACCAGGAGUACAACGCAAAGCUCUCGGAUUUUGGGCUAGCUAAAGACGGUCCAGUAGGAGACAAGUCCCAUGUUUCUACUCGCAUUAUGGGAACAUACGGUUACGCUGCACCAGAAUACAUAAUGACAGGCCACCUGAGUCCAAGGAGUGAUGUAUAUAGCUUCGGAGUGGUGUUGCUAGAGAUUGUAACUGGCCGAAAAUCACUGGAUAAAUCAAGGCCGGCGCGUGAGCGGAAUCUAACAGAUUGGGCGGUGCCUUUGCUUAGAGAGAAGAAGAAAUUGAUAAACAUAGUGGAUCCAAAACUAGAAGGGAAUUAUCCAAUAAAGGAUGUUAAUAAAGCAGCAAUGCUUGCUUAUCACUGCUUAAAUCGAAAUCCGAAAGCAAGGCCUUUAAUGAGAGACAUUGUAGCUUCAUUGGAGCCUCUCCAAGAAGGCAUUUUUCCUGCUUCCGAUGAUCUUCUUGUUUCCAACUGACAUAUAUAAACACAUUAUUACUGUAGCUUCAUUGGAUACGCGACUGUUGUUUUGAGAUAAUAAUUGAUUGUACACCACAGACGAAAUCUGCUUUUUCGAAUAUGUAUUCUUGUUACAUAUAAAUGUGUCCACUUGAGACAGGCUAGUAGCUUAUGAUACUAUCAAAAUAAAUCAUAAUUUCACAGGA